AUGCUCUGUGCCAUGCCAUAUGCUGCAAGUACCCCUCGCUCACUGCUUUUUCCCUUCACCCUCCCUGUCCUCCUGGUCUCUUCCUCCUCCUGUUUUUCGCUCCUCACACCGUCCCUCCUAUCCCCCACCGUCCCUACUUCCCCCCACCGUCCCUCCUUUCCCCUACCGUCCCUCUUUCCUCCCACCGCUCCGUCCUUCUUCGACCUCCUCGUUCCGCCCUGCCUUGCCACACCCGCCUACCAAGAAACAUCUGCCAGCCCUCUCACCCGUGCACAUGCAGCCCCUCUCACCCGUGCACAGGAAGCCCCUCUCACCCGUGCACAGGCAGCCUCUAUCACCCGUGCACAGGCAGCCCCUCUCACCCGUGCAUGGGCAGCCUCUCUCACCCGUGCACAGGCAGCCCCUCUCACCCGUGCACAGGCAGCCCCUCUCACCCGUGCAGAGGCAGCCCCUCUCACCCAUACACAGGCAGCCCCUCUCACCCGUGCACAGGCAGCCCCUCUCACCCGUGCACAGGCAGCCCCUCUAACCCGUACACAGGCAGCCCCUCUCACCCGUGCACAGGCAGCCCCUCUCACCCGUGCACAGACAGUCCCUCUCACCCAUGCACAGGCAGCCCCUCUCACCUAUGCACAGGCAGCCCCUCUAUCAUAUCGUUACCCCACUCCGCCAUUCUCGCCCGUUUGCCUUACCCCUCGUAUGUGUUGCCUGGCAACACCUGACAUCGCUCUCCGCGUACGCACAGGCCAUGAGAGGGAAGACACAGGAGGUGAAUACACUAAUGCGUGGGCUGUGGAAAACGCAUGUCUUGGUUGGACAAGAAUCUUGAAAGAGUAG